AUGGUUGACAUCGAUAAGUCUCUCUGGCCACAGUAUUCUUCAUCAGGCGUUCGUGAGCACACCGCCGAACUUGCAAAUCUAGUGCUUUCGGAUGUCAAUUCUAUUCACAAUGGUACACCGCCUCGAACUUUGCCUUCAUCUCACUCAAACCACAAUUUCGAGGGUGGUUUCUUGCCAGGCAGCUUUAGCAGGGCAAACAAUCGCGCGUUUCUUCAAUUAAGAAGCGCAGAUGUUAUAAACGAAGUGUCUGAACCUACGACGCCAGACGAGCUGGCGGGCACAAGGGGAAAGUCAUAUCUGACGCAUCUGCUACGGAGCUCGCCUCCAAAAACCGACUCAGAGGCUGAAGACAAGCCAGCCUCUUCUGAAGGCCAAUCGAUGUUGGACGAUAUCGUCUCUGUCUGCCCACCGUUGACCGAGCAGUCAUCACUGCUUCCAAAAGCACACCCCGAAAGUAUCCAGAGGAGAGUCUAUGACACUAUCUCUAGGAACGAUGAUAACCAAACCCGAGAUCCAUUUCGACCAGUGUCGAGCAUUAAUAUCAAAAAGGUAAUCACUUGGCCCAGUGCAAAAGGGUUACAGGCGAUAAGAAGCGUAUUCCACUACAAGACGUGGAAUAAGAAAGAAUUGUGGGAAAAGGGAGUAGUUAAAACGACAAAAUGCCUUCCCGCCGUAUUCUUAGGACUACUUUUGAAUAUUUUGGACGGACUAUCGUACGGGAUGAUCUUAUUUCCGCUGGGUCAUGAUAUUUUCAACAAUUUGGGUCCAGAUGGUCUCUCGAUAUUUUACGUGAGCUGCAUAGUUUCGCAGCUUGUGUAUUCAUGCGGCGGAAGUGUAUUCAAGGGUGGAGUAGGUUCAGAGAUGAUUGAGGUUGUGCCUUUUUUCCAUAAGAUGGCUAUUACAAUCCUCAACCGGGUUGGUGAAGAUAAUCCCAAAAGUGUCUUGGCAACCACGGUUGUUUCAGAGAAUGGGUGGCUGUUCGACGCCCCUGCAGACAACGUACCGUUUUGGCACUUUUAUACUCUCUAUGAUUUUAAGGAAGUGGAUUGGAGAGCAUUGCUUAGCACAGUACCCGCCAUGUUUGCUCUGACCUUCUUUGGAAUACUCCAUGUCCCUAUCAAUGUUCCCGCCUUGGGAGUGUCUACUGGGGAAGAUAAUGUUGAUGUAGACAGAGAACUCAUUGCACAUGGAGUGUCAAACGCACUUUCCGGCCUUCUUGGUAGUAUCCAGAACUACCUUGUGUAUACUAACAGUAUACUAUUCAUCCGAAGUGGAGGUGAUAGCAGAGUUGCGGGUGUUAUGCUCGCUCUGGGAACCGCUGGUAUCAUGAUGAUUGGACCUUCAGUAAUUGGAUACAUACCAAUCAUGGUUGUCGGAGCACUUAUUUUCUUACUUGGCAUCGAGCUCUUGCGUGAAGCGCUCUAUGAUACAUGGGGCAAGUUAUCCAGGCUUGAGUAUCUUACGAUCUGCAUAAUUGUUAUUACAAUGGGCGCAUGGGAUUUUGUUAUUGGUAUCGUGAUUGGAAUAAUCCUGGCUUGCAUGUCCUUUGUCGUUCAGACAUCACAAAAGUCUGCAAUUCGUGCUGCAUAUUCCGGGGUUUUUGCCCGCUCGACGGUACGGCGUCAUCCCAUUCAGCAACGAUUUUUGCGUCAAGUCGGCCGCCAAAUUCAAGUAUACAAACUUGCCGGAUAUAUUUUCUUUGGUACUAUUUCCUCUGUCGAGAACACGAUCCGAAAUCUGCUCAAAGAGCAGAACUUUGAAGUUCAACCAAUACGAUAUCUAAUCAUUGACGUCGGAAAUGUCACCGGAAUCGAUUUUUCGGCGGCAGAAGCAUUUACUCGAAUGCGCAGGCUGCUGGGUGCUCGUAAAGUAGAAAUGAUUCUAUCAGGGGUGAAACCAGACGAUGAGGUUGGGAGGGGGUUGAGGGCAGUCGGGCUUUGGGGUGAUAACGAUAAAUUGCAAGUAUUCGAAGAUUUAAAUGCAGCACUCGAGUCAUGUGAAAAUGAAUUUCUUUCUGCACUUUAUCGCCAACGCGAUGAGAUUAUCAGGCGAGAGCGUGAUAAUGAGUCGAGACAUCUCGAUGUCCCAAAUAAUUCCAGCUCAGGCAUAAUUAGCGUGGAUGCUUCGCUUGGCUCGCCACGGCGGAAUUUGGUCCAUCAAGCAGCAACUUCAACCAUCAAAGACGAGGAGACUGCCCAACCUUCAAAGUGGCAAAAUUUUAAGCAGCCACUACCCUUGAUCUUGCAGGUUUUUUCAGAAAUGACCGAUAAAAACGAAGAUUUCUGGUUUAAAGCAGUGCCAUUCUUCCAGAGAAGAGAAUAUACUGAAGGGACUGUUCUUUUUCGCAGAGGGGAUAAAUCCACGGAAUUCUACCUUUUGGAAGAAGGUAUAUUUGUCGCUGAGUAUGAUCUCGAACAAGGAAAAUUCUUUGAGAGUAUCGUGGCUGGAACUACUUGCGGAGAGUUGCCGUUCUUCUCAGAGACACAUCGGACCGCCAACAUGUUUGCCGAGAAGGAUACUGUUGCGUGGGUACUUGACCAAAGAAAUUGGGGGUCAUUACAAGAUAAAGAACCAGAUGUAGCCAAGGAAUUGUUGAAGUUAUCAUUGAAGCUUACGAGUGAACGAAUGGGAGCUAUAACAAGGUGA